CUCACUGCCAAUUUCUCCUGUUCUCUUUCCUGUCUAACAUACAGUAUGUAUUCAUCUUUUGUGAUCAAUGUCAGAGAUCCACUGCACCAAUGAGAACAAAGGUAAAACAUUUUUCCUUCUUUCACCUAAUUUAUUAAUUAAUUCACAGGUAAUGGCUUCUAAAAGCCAGAUGAAAAGAGCCGUAAAUGUAUGUGUGGUAUAUUGUAAUUUUAAAAGCAUCACCCAAUAGCUUGAUAUUGGUGUCUCUGAAACACAUUAACACAAAGUUGAAGACUUUGGGUAAGAAUUUUUAUUACCCUUCUCAUAUCAUAUAAAUUGUCCAGUAACUAAUUCAACCCAAAGUAAUUUAUUUUUCCUAACAUUGUUUGCUAAAAAUGUAUAUUUAGCAAGGUUAUGAACAGGAGAAAUUGAGAGUACAGCAAUGGCUACCUGCGAAACAAGCUGUGAAUUUGGAGUCCAGUCACUCUCUGAAGUGAGGAUUGUGUUAUUGGGCAACAGAGCAGCAGGGAAAACCUCUUUGGCAAACCUCAUAAUAGGUCAUGCAGAGCCUCAUCUGAAGAGAACAGCCCAGUGUGUAAAGAUGCAAGGAGAUUUUGCCGGAAGGCAAAUCACUGUAGUUGAUACACCAGGCUGGUGGAAAAACUACCUUGUUAAAGAAACCCCUGAAUUUCAAAAACAGGAGAUCGUGUUUAGCAUGGCCCAUUGUCCCCCUGGGCCCCACGCCAUUCUGCUGGUCAUUCGUGUGGACGCUAUGUACAAAGAAAAGCACAGAAUGUCGACACAGGAACACCUGGAACUUCUAAGUGAAAGUGUCUGGAAUCACACUAUAGUUGUGUUUACGUAUAGAGACCAGUUACAGGAACAAACUCUUGAAAAGCAGAUUGGAAGUGAAGGGGAGUCUCUUCUGCUCUGGCUUGUGGAGAGAUCUGGGCACAGAUAUCACGUUCUGAACACUGAGAGAGCCACUGGUACGCAGUUGGCAGGGUUAUUUGAGAAAAUAGACGCAAUGGUUGUGGGAAACAGUGGCUGCCAUUUUGGAAUGGGCAGAAAAUGGUUACAUAAGGUAGAAGGAAUAAUGAUGAGGAGACACAUGAGAGCAAACCAGAGGACGAAGAUGGUACAAGAACAAUGGAGCACUCUACCUGUGCAUCAAGGUCAUAAACAAUUCCACAUCAGGAAAAUGAGGAUGAUAUUGUUAGGUUACCGAAGAGCUGGAAAGAGUUCAGCAGGAAACACUAUUUUAAGUGUGUCGACAUUCAUCUCAAAGAGAACCACGCAUUGUGUGAGAAGACAAGGGGAUAUGGCUGGGACACAUGUAGCUAUAGUGGACACACCAGGCUGGUGGAAGUCUCUCCCAGUAAGUGACACCUCUCAACUGGAUAAAGAUGAGAUAUUACUCAGCAUGUCCCUCUGUCCCCCAGGACCACACGUUCUUCUGCUGACCUUGCGUGUAGACAUAUCAUUCACAGCAGAAGAGAAGAAAUCAGUGGAGGAACACAUGAAGCUUCUUGGUGAUACAGUCUGGGCUCACACCAUAGUGCUUUUCACCCAUGGAGACUGUCUGGGAGAUGUAACUGUUGAAGAGUUCAUUGAGAGUGAAGGGCAGGCUCUACAAUGGCUAACUGAGAAAUGUGGGAACAGGUAUCAUGUUCUCGACAAUGAAAACUGGAAUGAUGGCAGUCAGGUGACAAACCUGCUGGUGAAGAUAGAGAAGAUGGUGGCACAAAAUAGGGGUCAUCAUUAUGAAAUUUACCACAGAACUCUAAAAGAAGUGAGGCAGAAGAGGAAAGCAGCAGAUAAGAAAGCAAAGGCAAGAGCAAAGAAACAAAGACAGAUGUGGAAGAUUAGUGCUAUGAAAGGCAGUGGAGAGCUUUUUUCAGAGAUAUGUCUUGUGCUGUUGGGUUAUGGAGAAUCUGGGAAGAGUUCAACAGGGAACACUAUCCUCAGCAAAAAGGUGUUUGGGUCAAGAAGAACAGCCCUGUGUGUUCAGAGACAUGGAGAGGUGGGAGGACAGCAGGUCAACAUCAUCGACACCCCUGGCUGGUGGAAACACCUGCCCAUAGAGCAAACCCCUGAACUGAAUAAAGAGGAAAUCACCCGAAGUGUAUCUUUACUCAGUUCUGGACCGGUUGCUUUCAUUUUGGUCCUUCGUGUUGAUUGUUCUUUUCAAGAGAAAGACCGGAGUGCAUUUGAGGACCAUCUGAAGCUUUUAGGGUGCUCAGUUUGGGAACACAGUAUAGUUUUGUUUACCUUUGGGGACCUGCUUGGAGAUAGACCAAUAGAGCAGCACAUUGAAUGUGAAGGAAAAGCCCUACAGUGGCUUGUUGACAGAUGUGGGAACAGGUAUUAUGUGUUUAAUAAUAAGGCCAUGGGUGAGAGCCACCAGGUCAAAGAGCUGCUUGAGAAAAUACAGAAGAUAAUUGCAGGAAAUAGAGGGUGUGAUGAGAUGGACAUGCAGGUGUUGCAAGAGGUGACUGAGAAGAGGAUGUUGGAGGAAGAGAGAGCAAACACAAGACUGAACAUGCAGAGACCAAGAGAUGAAGUUUCAUCAGAUGAUGUGUUUGAUAUUGGUGAAGAUGAUGAAAUAAACUAGAAGUUAGGAAUAUACAGGCCAUAAGGAGAACUGGUACCUCCAACAGAUGGCUGGUUGACUUGUGGGCUCAUUUUCGAAAAUAUUUUGCAACUUAAAUGUAGAAAAUUUGGCUAAUUUUAGCUGUAUUGGUGGAUUCUUACAUACUGUAGGUGCAAUUAUUUCCAUCCAGCUCUUCAUGCUGUACUUCACUCCUCACCACCGGCUGCCCCAUCCCAUUUCAGCUGCUAUCUGUCUGUGCUUGAGUCUCCUCACUUGCAAUAAGUCAACCAAGAUGUCCGAGUUAUGAGUCCUUGUCUAUGUCGUAAAAUAAUCAAAGAAUCACAGUGCACAUAAAAAUCCCUACUACAAAUUGUUAGGCUUUUCUAAAUUGGUUAGGGUAAUCCACUCCACCCUUUGGAAUCGACUUUCUAUUGCCUAUGCCUCGGAAUCUAGAAAAUGAUUGUCUUUGGAUUUUACUCCUUGCCCUUUUUUCACACAGACUGCAGCGUUUGCCUGCCUGUUAUCUAUGUCACUUUCAGCUCUCAGGUUUUCCCAUUGACUAAAAAUAUUUCAGCAAUCAAAAUACGUACAAAGUAUGGAACAAAAUCGUGUCUCUUAUUACUUCAAUAUAAAAUAAAGCUGUAAGCUACUGCUUACCUGCUUCCUGUGACAACCCUCCUUACAUGAGAAUCUUUCC